AUGGGCUCCAUGGGUAUUGAAUUAAACAAAUUGAAGGAACAAAGUAGUGGGAAACUCCCUUCUCAAUCUCUUAACCCAAGAGAGAAUGUUAGUGCUAUUACAUUGAGAAGCGGUACACAACUUGUGCAAACUGAAAUUGUUGAUGUGGGUGAUACAAAGACCCAAAAGGAACCUAUUUUGGAGGAAAAGAAUGAUGAUUUUCCCCAAACUUCUGAGGCGGAACUAGAAAAGGAGAUUUUAGACAUCUUUAAGAAGCUUCAUGUAAACAUUCCACUCAUUGAUGUUAUCAAGCAAGUUCCUAAGUAUGUGAAGGUUUUGAAGGACUUGUGUACCAAAAAGAAAAAGCUAACCGGUAAUGAGGUUAUGAGUGUGGGGAAAAACGCUUCGGCGGUCUUGCAAAAGAAACUCCCACCCAAAUGCAAGGAUCCAGGUAGUUUCACUAUACUCGUAGAGAUUGGUAAUAAAAGAUUUGGAAAGGCUAUGCUUGACUUAGGAGCAUCCGUGAAUAUCAUGUCGGCAUCUAUUUAUGAGUCUUUAAAGUUGGGUCCAUUAAAACCAACUAAUAUUGUGCUUGAACUUGCGGAUCGUACUAAUGUCUACCCUAGGGGUAUUAUUGAGGAUGUCCUUGUGCAGGUGAACCAACUAGUUUUUCCAGCUAAUUUUUGUGUUUUAGAAAUGGAUGAUGGCUCGGAUGCAUCCAUACCCCUGCUUCUUGGGAGACCUUUCAUGAAGACGGCUAAAACCGUCAUUGAUGUGGACGAGGGAAUACUCACUAUGAAGUUUGAUGAUGAGAUAAUUCGCUUCAACAUGUUUGAAGUCAUGCGGUAUCCAAGUGAUGUUCAUUCGGGUGUCCAUGACGUAUGGGACCCUAGCUAA